AUUGGUGGAGAGAUAAACUCUGCGGGCGGCAGGUGCUAUGGUUAAAAAUAGAUUAAUUCUAAUUGGUAGUUGAAAAAGAAACGAAUUAGAGUACGCUUUACACCAACGUUACUUGUUACCUGGUUAAAUUGUCUUUUCGGGAGGAAACGAGUUUCUUUUCCGUUUAGAAUCACUUUGAAAAUGGAAAAUAAAAGUGAAAAGUCACUGAAUGAAUUCAUCUCCGUGGCAAAAGGAAAAGAGGAGGGACUAAUUGGUUCCGGAAGCUUACCUAGUCUCAUCAGUCCUAGACCAACCAGCGGUCAAGGAAGCCCAUCCUCUCCGAGCCAGCAACAGCCAAGAGAAAAGAUUAACGUGACAUUUGUUUUCCCAUUGGAUGAAAAAUACCAAUGUCCCGUUUGUAAAGAUGUGCUGCUAAACCCUGUGCAAUUUAAAGAAUGUGGACACAGAGUAUGCGGGAAUUGCUUCCCGUCGAUAAUAAGAGUCGAGCCAAGAUGCCCAAUCGGCAUGCAUCCGAUUGACAAGGACGCGUCGUAUGUGGACAAAGCGUUCCAUAAGGAAAUUUUAGCGCUUGAUGUCAAAUGCAACAAUCACGAAUGGGGCUGCAAAUGGGAAGGCGAGUUUGAAACUGUUCAGAAACAUGCUGCUGAGUGCGAUUUUGUGGAAAUGUUGUGUUCGUACGAGUGCGGAGCAAAAUUUCAAAAACGAUUUUUCCAGAAGCAUGUAGACAGAGACUGUCCAAAGAAGAUAAUUGUCUGUCCUUACUGUGAUGACAGACAUCUUAGGGAGGAAAGAAAGAUGCAUAUGGAGGAUUGCCCGAAGCUUCCAAUGCCGUGUCCCAACAAAUGUGAAAAGAAACUUGUUAUCACAAGGGAUCAGCUAGAUUAUCACAUCGGUGAGGAGUGUCCUAAGACAAAAAUGACCUGUGAAUACGAGGACAUUGGCUGCGUUCACAGAUGCAACCGAGAAAAACUACCCAAACACCACAAAAGUGAGCUGAUCAAUCACGUAAGAAUGCUCCAUGGCGUUGUCAUGGACCAGAAAAGAGAACUUCUGGAAUCCAAAGUCCUUCUUAAAGAACAAAUGGACACAAUCAGCCAACAGCAAAAGCGCAUCGAGGACCUGGAACGCAUUACUAACAGCCAGUUGAUCUGGAGGAUCGACGACUAUCACCGGAAGUUAAAAUCGGCAAAGAGCGGAGAGUUGGACACGAUAUUUAGUCCAGAGUUCUACACGAGUAGGAAUGGAUACCGACUAAUGGCUUCCGCUUGUUUGAACGGAGACGGCAGAGGGAAGGGAACGCAUUUAUCUGUGUUUAUUAGCGUUGUUCAAGGAAUAUACGAUUCGCUGUUAAAGUGGCCAUACAACUACCGCACCACGUUCUAUCUAUUGGAUCAGAACAAAGACCUUUCCAAACGGAAACACAUUAUGUUUUCAGUUAAACCAAAUGUGUGUCCUGAAAACGAGCCGUUUCUUGGCAGGCCCAGGACCAACAAAAAUCCUAGCUUCGGCUCUGGAAAAUUUGCUGCACACGAAGACAUCGAGAAAGGAGAGUACAUCAAAGAUAACACAAUGUUUAUCAAGGUUGUUGUGGAAUGCGACGGAAUGAGUGAACCUUGA